AUGGAAUCCAACGGCAAUAAGCGCCGUAAAGUGGCGGGAUCAGAUACUUCAUCACUGAAAGAUGAAGUUUUCAGACCGGGAAAUAUCGUUUCUCUACGAAUCUGGAACUUCACCACGUAUUCCUACGGAGAGUUCAAACUAUCUCCAACACUCAACAUGAUCAUUGGCCCCAAUGGAACAGGAAAGUCUACGUUUGUUGCUGCGGUAUGUUUGGGCUUGGGAGGAAAGGUGGACUUGAUCAAAAGGAAAACCAUGGAUUCCAUGAUCAAAUCUGGUGAGAAGGAGAGCACUAUCCAGAUUACUUUGAAGAAUGACCCUGGGAAGCCAAACUUGGUCAUUGAGAGAACAUUCUUCAUCAAACAGACCAAAUCAGUGUGGAAAGUGGAUGGCACAAGCUCUGACGUCAACCAAGUACGUCUGCUAGUGAAGAGCUUCAAUAUUCAACUCGAUAACCUUUGCCACUUCUUGCCUCAGGAGCGUGUGGCCGAAUUCGCAUCCUUAUCUCCUGAAAGAUUGCUACUAGAGACGGAGAGGACCAUUGGUGACAAUACAUUACUAGAGAAACAUCAGCUACUUAUUGAGCUCGAUAGCAACUGGGUGGACCUUUCAAAGAAAAUCGGGACACUUGAGGAGACGAUUUCUGGCCUUGAAGCGGACAUCACCAAGUUCGAAAACGAAGCUCGCAAGUACCAGGAAUAUGAAGACAAAACGAAAGAGAUUGGAUACCAUAGAAAGCUCUUGCCAUACGCUAAACUCCAAGAUAUCAAGGAGCAAAUGAAAAGCUUAAAAGCUGUUCGAGAUUCCGCCAAAAAAGCACUUCAGGACUUUUCUGCGAACGCCAUACCUUUGGAGAAUCAUUACAAGGCAUGUAAGGAAGAAAUAAAGCUGUUGGAUCAGGAAAUCACGAUUUUGAGCUCUACGGUUCGUCUGUUGAAUACCAAAUGUGAGAAAGCAAGCAGAGAUGCCGCAGAAACUCAGCAAAAAAGUGAGGAGUUGAAGAAUCAGAUCACAUCAUUGCACUCCAGAUCUAAAAAUCAAAAGGCAGAACUUGAGAAGACUGUCUCCGAGAAAGAGGACAUGGAGCGAAGACUUUCCAGAAUGGAGGAAGUUGAUGAAGAUGAGGUUUCACGUUUAUCUGGGGAGCGCCAGGUGAAACAUGAUGAAAAGGUCCGAAUUGAGGAGGAGUAUGAUGCCACGAAGUUUGAGAUGAAUGCCUUGAGAAGAGAUCUCGAUGUGAGCGAAACUCGAUUCCGAGAUGAGCGCAAGAAACUCGAAAACAAUGACAGACUCGAGAUUUUGAGUAGGCAAGGUACGCGUUACAGGAGAGAACUCAUGGAGAACGCAUACAAUGCCCAUAUUCUACUAAGGAAGGAAAAGAAGAACCUUGGGGUUCGAUACCAUGAAGCUCCUAUUGUUUCAUGUCAUGUAACCCAUCAGAAAUACGCAAAAUACUUCGAGAAAGUUGUUGAUAACAAUUCUCUCUUUGCAUUGUUUUUUGACAAUGAGGAUCAGUAUCAAAAGGUCUCGGCAGCAAUACCAAAAAAUAUGAACAUUCCCAUGAGAGUUGUCCCUAAUGCUCCUCUACAACAACCAAUGCCAGUUGAGAAAUUGAAACAGCUCGGCUUCGAUGGAUACUUAUCCGAUUUCAUCACUGGUCCAGACACUGUUAUCCGUGGAUUGAAACACCGUUCCUUCUUGCAUUGCAUUCCAGUUGCCCUGAAACCCGUUGAUCAAAAUACCAUCAAUAAGCUUCUUGAACCGAGAAGCGACGGAAAGACACCCUUCCUUAAGUUCGUCGUCGAGAACAAUUUGUUUAUGGUCGGCCGCUCGAGAUAUGGCUCGAGGCAAAUUUUUUAUCAGACCGAACAUAUCGGAGAAGCGCAACUUAUGGGCUCUGAAGGAUUGACAGAAGACGUCAAGAAGGAUAUUCAGAAGAGACUUUUCGAUUUGAAAGCUCGUAUGGAUGAGUUGAAACAAUCAAAGACUAAUCUUGAGGAAAAGAAGAAACAACAACAAGAUAGUUUAAUUGGUAUUGACGAAGAAUUGAAGAAGUUGGAUAUCGAGUCAAGGGCAUUGAGGAAAAAGAAAGAGGCAAAGACAAAAUUGGAGGAUACCAUCAGACAUACCGAGUCCAGAAUACAGCAGUUAUCGGUCAGUGCUAACCAAGAUAACAAGGAUAAAAUUGAGAAGACAGAAGUGGCCUUGCUUGAUAAGUAUUUUGAGUUUUCUGAAUUGCAGAGCCAGAUUGCUAACUAUACUGAGGAACUUGUGGCCACUACACUUCAACAGAAGCAAAAGGAACUCUUACGCCAGCAACUGGAGAAUAAAUCAUUAGCAUUCCAGUCUCUCAUGCUGGAACUUGAUCAGAAAAAAGUUGAUCUACAAGAGAAGUACAAAGAAGCGAAGAGCAAAUAUGAUGAGUAUAAGAAGGGUGAUACAGCCAGGGAGAUUCGACAGCAGAAUUUAACGGAGGAAGAACGAGAAGUUGUAAGAAAAUUGGCAGAAGAUUAUCUCGCUCAGAAUAGACUUUCAGAGCUGUAUGUUUUGAACAAGAUUGAGCAGCUAGAAGACGAUAUUUCUGUUCUCUCAAAUGUGGACGGAGGCUCUUUAGAGCUUCUCAAGUCUAAACGGUCUGAACUUGAGAUAGCAGAAAGACAAUUGCCAGAUUUCAAGAGAAAAAAGGAAGACCUAAAGGAACGAAUGGAGAAUAUCUCUGUACCAUGGGAAAGAGAGCUUGAAGAUAUGGUCAAUAAGAUCUCAAGUUCAUUCCAGAAGAAUUUCAUCACUGUUGCAAGUGAUGGACAAGUUGAAAUGGUGAAGCUGGAACGGUACAAAGACUGGAAACUUGAGAUUUUGGUGAAAUUCAGAGAGAACUCAGAGCUUAAAGUUUUGGACCACCAAUCGCAAUCUGGUGGCGAAAGAGCGGUAUCGACCAUCUUCUUCAUCAUGUCUCUACAAGGAUUGACCAAUGCGCCGAUCAGAAUUGUGGAUGAAAUCAACCAGGGAAUGGACCCUAAAAAUGAAAAGAUGGCCCACAAAUAUCUUGUGCAUACAGCUUGCAGUGAGGGUCUGUCACAGUAUUUCUUGGUCACUCCCAAGUUGUUGACUGGGCUUUAUUACCAUCCUGGAAUGGCAAUUCAUUGCAUUUUCACUGGUCCUCUUCUCAAAGAAAAUGGCCCUGAUUCAAGACAUCCUGAUUUCUUGGAUUUACAAAGAAGCACUUUUGUCAAAGGUUAA